AAUCAUUUCAAUUUUUUGACAACCACAUCAACAAGUUUUUUCCGAAUUGAGUAUUUAUUUUUGAGUUUCAGUUUGCAUAUUUUUUUCCGAGCUUCUGAUCUCAAAUUCACCAACUCAUUUGUUGGAUGCCUUUGGAAAAAGUAGAUAUUUGUAAUGCACUUUGCGUUUAUCGAGAAAUUGGAUUGAAAUUUGGUCGAUUAGAAUAUUAUGAGAAGUCACUUCCAUAUUUCGAUCAAGCACUUGAUAGAUCGCCAGAAGAUCUCAGAGCACUUCUUGGUAGAUCAAGAUACAGAGCACAAGCGUGCAAAUAUAACGAUGCUCUCAAGGAUUUGGCAACACUGCAUAAAUCGAGCCCGGAAAACAUAUAUGUGUUUGCCUCAGAAUGUCUCGUGAAAUAUCUUUGCUGCGAAUUUGAGCAGGCUAUGGUAGACAACCUCAGAAAAAUACCUCUCAGAAAAAAACCGGAUAAUUUUGUUGUUGGAGCGAUGCAUUGCGAAGAUGCAAUAAGAAACAACAUUGGUUCGAGAGCUGGUCAUCCUCUAAGGGACCAUUUUCUGAUCAUCAGGAAGCUGGCUUGGAUGAAGAAUUUCGAAGGGUCUAAGCCUUACCAGCCUAAAUCCAAGUAUAAGAAACGAAGGAAAGAGUCUGCUGAUGAGAAGAUGAUCAAUAUGUUAGCAGCUCCCAAAAAGAAACUGUCUUUGCCGACUGAUCGUAAGCCGAAGAAAGAGAGGAAAUCUAUUUCAUCCGUUGAGAUGAGCACUAUGUCUGCCACGAAAAGGAUGGAUAUGGACAUAUUGAAUGAGGGUUCAUCAAUUGAGGAGAGUCUGCAUAGUGUCGUGGAUCUGAAACAUCAAAUACCUCACAUGAUAGAUUUUCCUUUUAGACCGAUACAGAGAUUCACUUCUAACGUGCAAAAUCUCAUAGCUGAAAGAUAUCUCGAUAAGAUGUUCCAUGACAAAAUCUUCCUGCAAAAAUUGAAACAUGAUCCAGCAGUGAAAUCUCCGAAUAAUUCAGGUGUUAGAAAAAUAGAAGGAUUAGUGAGAAAAUCUUCGAAAUAUAUGCACUAUAACCAGGAACUAUUGAGGUCAAGACGUCCAUUCUUCUUACUACGUCUCCAGGACGCAAAGGCCGGAGGUAAGCUGAAGAUGCGUCAGCUGGAACGUGAGAGGAUGAUGAUGAGGUUCUGUCAGACCGAAGCCCAGAACAUGAUCGAAAGAAUAAAAGUCGCUGUCGGAGAGCACAACCUCAAACAUAUAAUAGAGAUAGCUGAAAAGAUGUAUGUGUUCUGCGAUAGCACUCCGAAGAAGACUCUUCCAAACCGCAGCGAGUAUCUGCUUCAGCUGUUCGCUUUGGUGAGGGACGGUUUUUACAAAACGAAGACUGUGCGGCCAUCCAUGUCCGAGGAGCAGAAAAUGGCGAGGGUAGCCAUCAUCAUAGGAUUGCCUAAGGAGAGACAGGGUUCUACAGAUUCUCUCAUCACUCAGUUCAGGGAUCAUUUUGUGGAUAAGAAAAAACAAUGCGGUUUGUUCGAAGAAAGAGUGAAAAAUUGCGUAUGCCGGGAAGAACUCGUUUGGCUGUACCAUGAGCUGGCAAGGCUCCACUUUGAACGUAAAGGGUAUGAGCUAUCCAAAGCUUAUGGCACGAAAUGUUUGAGGGAAUCUUACCUGCUCAAAGAUAACAAGUGGAUAAUGAACGCGAUGUUUCUUAUGAUCAAGGUCCACGUAGUCAACAAGAAUAAGAACGGUGCACGGAUUGAACUGAGAAAUUGUAUCAGGAUAGCGAAGAAGUUAGAUGAUGAACUAAUGGAGGACUUUAUAUUAUACUGCAUAAAAGUGCUCAACGAUACACCAAUGGAAGGCGUUCAACCGUCCAAGAUGCUGGAUGUAAGAAUGAAGAAUAUAAUGAAAUUGAUGACAUCAGAUGAGAUGAAAAUGAAGGCAGAAUUGAUAUUCCAAAGGAUCAAUUGCUUACCACCAUCAAAAAGGAUGUCUGUUCUACCUGGAAUACAUUAUCCUGAACCACCACCAAGGGAACAAAUGCCUUCAAUGUUGGAGUUGGAUAAAAAUACUCCCCGAAAACCGAAGAAGAAAAAGACUGCAGUUGACAAUAGGCGGGGUGUUAAUUUCAUGAAGUUGAUUCAGCAUCACGUAGAUAAUUAAAGACUAUACACAUUUAAUGUUUUUGUAUUAAUGUUUUUCUUUGCCAAUCAAUGAAAAUUACGAUGUAAAUGUAUGUAAUAAUUGUUUAGAUGAUUUCACACUUGAUUCAUAUAAAUUGUGUAGACUCUGA